AUGAUAAAACGAAUUUUUGGACGGAAAAAUCUCCGGAAAUCGAAAUCCGUCCAAGAAGAUUCGACCGAUGUAAUCCAGGCAGGGACCAGUAAUGGGGGUCCACACUUAGCCCCAAGCAAAACAUUCGAUGCCUCAAGGUAAACGUUUUCUUUUAAUCACCAAACCUUCUCCAGAGGGUAUCGAGUCGAAGAAUGCAGAAGUUUUAUGGAUGCCACGUCUUCAGCCGGCGCUGAAAAUGCGCGUGCUGACCCGGAAUUAGAUCGGGCCAUGAUGCAGACGAUCACAGACGUCAAAUACGUCAAGCGGAGGCCCAAGUUCACGGCUGUGGGUAAGUGACAACUGACCUCCCUCCUAUUUGCAGUCGAUGCCAACUUUCAGAGGCAAUGCAUUGAGGCGCAUAAUUUGGUCAGAGAAAAGUACGGUUCCCCCUCCCUUAUAUGGAGUCAGGAACUGGCCGAUCUGGCCAAAAGUUGGGCGACAAGCCUGGCCGAUCGGGGGCGCGUAAUGUAUCCAGAACUUCCAGGUACUCACUCCAUCGAGGUGUAUUUAACCUUUUUCCUAGGGAUUGGAGAGAAUAUCCAUUUGGUGAUCCACGAAACGGGAAAUCAUUUGACUACGGGAAGCGAGAUCGUCGCUUUAUGGGCCAAAGAGGCCGAUUAUUUUGACUUCGAAAAUCCCCAUUGGAGUCUGAGUGAGACCUCUCGAGGGUGAUGUGAACUAAUGUAAUUGUUAUUGCAGAGUGCAAAAACUUCACCCAGAUGAUUUGGCAGUCCUCGAUUGAAUUGGGAGUGGCUCGGCACUGGAAUACGGCCAAGAAUUGCUUGGCCAUUGUCGCGUUUUAUCGGCCCGGAGGCAAUUCCAAUACGCCGGGUAAGUGCCCCCAGGGCCUUUAAUUGGCCUUAUUUAGGCGAAUUCGCGCACAAUCUCCCAGCCCGAAAUGCGGUCCCGGCCGAUGCUCGCUCGGCCACGCAACUAGCCUCGAUUCUCCAUUCCAUGAACCGGUGCGAUCUCUCUGACGUCACCUUCCGUUCAGAUCCUCCUCGAUCAUAA